CUGGUAGUUUGGCUUACUUUUCUCUCCGUCAUGAUACAAAUCUCGGAAGAUGCAUCACAAAACCUAGCUAAAGGUCUGACAGACCAGAUCGUCCCCACACUCGACCUGCUGAAUCGACGACUUACGAUACUCGAGUCCCAGCAGCAGGAGCUUUUAGAUAGCCUACACGUCGCUAGCGAUUCGACGUUAACAGAACUGGAUCUCACUAAUAUCAAAGAAACUAUGGCGAAAAUUUCAAUAUACCGCGACAAAGUUUUGUACAUAGAUGCUACCUCCAAGUCAUUAAAUAUCAGAUCUCGUCAGUUGAAGGAGAAAGCAGCAAACCUUCAUACAGCGCGAACUAAUUACGAUGCGCAAGCAGCAAGCUCGAAACAGAGGAAUCAAGAGCACGACAUGUCGGUUGCCGCAAAAGUCGUUAUACCCCCCAGUCCAAUCGCGGCGUCACCAACUUCCAACAGCCCUGCAUUGGACUCAGGUUCAUCAUCACCAGCAGUGGAAGAUAAUCAAACAUCCCUUGUUGCAGUGCUGGAGGAUGCGGUGCCAACAGAUAGUGCUAGUACGACUUCACAAAUCAAAAAGAAGAAGAAGGCAAAACCAAAGCGACGAGAAGCUAUUAUAGACGAAGGACCUAUCAAGCGGCCUGUAUCGUCAUCUAAUAUCGCUAAAGGAUUACGUCCAUCACCGACACCACCACCACAGUAAAUAAUCAAGCCAACCAUGCAUAUGGUUUUAAAAAAAAACUGCAAUAUGAGUUGCUGUUUGUACAAGUUGCGAAUAAAUAUACUAUAUACAAGCGAAUAGGAAUGUAUCGCAAUCGAGUAAGGAUCGAGUAGACAUCGAUAAGUGG